GCGGUGCGGCCGAGCCCGCGCCCGGCCCCGCGCUGGGGCUGGAACCGCUCCCGCAGCCACGGACGCACCGCAACGCCGAUCCCGCCGGGAAAUCGGCUCCCCUCCCGUUCCCCCGCGGCACGGGGCCGAGUCCCUCCCUUCCCUCCGGCAGGCUGAGGGAACGGGGGAGCUCGGUCCGUCCCGCGGCGGAGRGGCUGAGGGGCAGCAGAGCCCCCUUCUCCCCGCUGCCCUCGCCGUGCUUUUCCACCGCAGGGAGAGAGCUUCCUUGUCGUAACCCSUGCCCUGGCAGGGAGCGGGAUCCCCCUGCCCUCACGCCUGCCCUUUGCUCCGCCAAGCCGAGGGUGGUGGGGCUGGACCUUUCGCGAACCYUCGGGCCUGUGAAGCUCCGGGCAUGGCUUUCGGUGGGGUCGGGAGCUCCCUGCUGCUGAUGUCCGGCGUCGUGGUGACCGUGGGGCUGUGCCGGAGGCUCGCCAGGCGCCGGCUGCGCUCCCGCCCGCUCCUCUUCGCUUUCCUUGUGGAGAUGUUCAGCACCUUCCAGAUUUGCGCCUGCACGAACGAGCUCAGCCUGCUCGGCAACGUAGAGCCGAAGCCGCACACCGCCCUCACCCUCACCUACGGCUUCACCGUCCUGCACGGCCUGACCCUGACCGGCAGCACAUGCAAUCCCUGCGCGACCCUGCAGCCCAUGUGCGACGGCGGGACAUCGCUCAGGAUGGGAGGACUCAAGAUCGCCGCUCAGUUCGUGGCUGCAGUGCUCGCCAGAGUGUUCAUGCACUUUAUCUGGAGUCUGGAGAUGGCAGAGCCACAUUUGGGAGCGCUCUCGCAAGGCUGCAGCGACCCUAUGCAGACUACAGAGGUGCAGGCGUUCUGCAUAGAACUGCUCUUUUCCGUCGUUUUCCAGCUGGCCGUCCUGCGAGCCGAAAGUGUUAAUCCCAAAUACAGAGUCCAUUUGAUUGCUCUUCUCAUCACCAUGCUCGUGUAUGCAGGUGGAAAUCUCACUGGAGCAAUAUUUAACCCAGCACUGGCUUUUUCAUUACAUGCAGAUUGUUUCUAUGACAAUUUUUUUAGUUACUUACGAGUAUAUUGGAUGGCACCAUCCUUAGGUACAAUACUUGUGGUUUUUAUACGGGAUGAAAUCUUUCCUCGGACAUCUUGAAACAUCAAAUCCUGAAAUUUGGCAGUAUUUUAAAAAGUAUUUUCAACAUCUUCAAACAUACAGCUUUCAGAGAACUGCUGACAGACUCCUGUGCCAGUUGCAUUUUCAGAUUUCAUGUUUGAAAUAUUUGACAAAUCAGUUUGUAUUCAAAUAAUAAUUUUGUAAACAUAUUUUGGGAUUUUGGGAUUAUCUGCCACCCUUUUCAGUUAAGCCAUAUGAAUGUCAAGGACUGUUAAAACAUAAACUUUGUCACUUUAGCCAUAAGUGCCAUUUGCUGAUCUUCAUUAGCAUGCAAAACUAAUUUUAGAGACAUACCCCGUCCUCUCAAGGUUUGAUUCUAUUGGACUUCUUCCCAUUGAAGGCACCUGCAAAAAGGGAGCUGAAGAUAUCUUAUACUGACAUCAUUAUAUUCCUACUUGCCAUAUACUUACCUCUGAGAGGAAGAAAGGCUACUCUGAUCCCUAGAAGAGUCUCCACAGCUCUAUUCUAGAGGCACCCUACACCAAAAUUAAAUGUCUGUAUGACCAACAUUGUUUUAAUAAUACCUGAGUGCAGGUAAGUAGCCCCUCACUUCCUUCUGGGAAGGCUCUGCCCCAUCCUGUUCCAUUGGAGAUUGUUGAAUGUUUAUCUUGGUUGGAAGAACCAGUAAUAAAAUACCAUAAAAUUUUGUAAAAGGGCAUUCUGGGCAAAACCCUCUACUUUUUAUCAGCAAUUACUGCUGCCUCUUCACAUAGACACCGUAUAUAGCUAUGAAUCAACUGAUGAAUCAAUUUGUCCUUGAUUUUAUGUAGCUUUUAUCACCUUCUUUAAAAAACAAAUCAAUCUGCAAUGCAGGAUAAUAAGUCUGAGAUAAAUAGUAUAGGAAAAUUACAUACACAAACUAGCACAAGCAUGCCCUUCAUCUCACUUGAGGCAAACACCACUGAUGGGUACCACCCUCYGAAGCUGUUUCUAGCACAAUGUUUCUUCUGGCUACAGCUUAAUUUUUAAAUAUGCCAAAAUAUAUUUUUCAAAUUUAAGAUUAAAUUCAGUUUUUCAUUUUAUAGUUAAUUGGUUUGAAAGAUGGUUAACAAAUUCUACAAAGAUCUCAGUAUCCAGUCCCUCAGCUGAUCAUCCAAGUCAACUUAUAAACCAUAUUCUAAAAGAAAGAGAAUCAGCUGGGGGAUUUUUCACAGUAAAUUGAUGAAGUCCUUGUUGUCAGCUGUAUUUUUUGCAAGCGUUCAGGAAGCAAAUAUUUCCAUGUAAUUUCUUCCUUGUUGCAAUAAAAUCUUUUCUCAUUUUCAUUUUCCAAGGUACCUAUAAGAUUAUACUGCAAAAUUAAAUCAACUGUAUGAACACAUAUUACAUACAAGAGUCCUACCCAUCACCCUCUAUUCAGUUAUUAAUAAGAAAAACAAUUAGCCUGGUAAUAUACUGAAGAGAACUGCUGGGUUAUCAUUCAGCAGCUCUUUGAGACUAGUGUGAGUAGUUCUAAGGAAACUUGUCCUUGUUAAAACUCUUCAAGGACCACACAGCAGCACACUGACCCAGAAAAGAUGUGAUCCUCUGAAAAAAAACAUGUACUUUUAUAUCUUGUUCUGCUUCUAAAACAGAUCCUUUUGGGGGUUUCUACUUCUUUCUUGCUUUACUGCUUUUUAUCUCUAUUUUUAAAGUGAUCCAUACCUCACAAUUUUUUCCCCCACUUUUUCACCUCAUUUCUUACGGAAACAAGUCUUUCAAAACCUACAUAAUUUGAUGUCUCCUCUGAGCCCAUAUAGUCCAUAGGAUAAAAGUCUCAAAAAUAAACCUCAAAKAGCACAAAAAUAGACAAGGAGAAGAGAAAGCAUAUACAAACCUACAGGGCAGCCAUGAUUUGUUAGAUAAGAGGCCCUCCUUCCACAUCAGUUUUGAUGGCCUGCAAAAGCAAAGGCCAUAAAGCAAAGAGGUCGGUCAGAUCUGACUUCUCGAUGUCUACCUUGUUUAUUUUGGCACAACAUAUAGUAUAAAAGAAAUUGGUACAAAUCURGGUGAUUAACAAGUAGUUUCUGUAUUUAUAGGAAUUGGAAUUUAAAAUUUAAAAUCACUAAAAAUUAGACAGCCCUUAUGCUAACUAAAUUAAUGCAACACAAAAGGAAAAAAAAAMMCAACWAAAGUAGCAGAAAUAUUAUCAAAUAAACCUAAGCUAGGAACUCAAGAAUUUAACUUGUUUUGGUAGUGCAGGAWAAAAGGAGUAUUUUAUAUUUGAAGUAACAAAUGCUCAUGAAGACCAGAACACUUACACAUAGCCUAAAUACAAAGUUUUAUUGCAAAUAAAAUUUGUCAGUCACACAAGACACUUCUCCAAUGCUACCUCCAGGUUUGUUUCCACCUCACCUCAAUUAAUCUUGCUCCACUGAUUUGACUGAUGUCUGCUACUGGAGCUCCACAUUAGUACAACACAAAUUCUCUCUCUGGAGUUUGGUAGUGCUGCGAUAUAGUGAGAGUGCCAAGAGAAGCUGUGAACAAUCCAGCUGCCCUGUAGUUAAUUCUGCCCAUGUGCCAGGGUAUGUAACAAGCUGCAGUUUAACAUGGGAAACAACAGAAACACCACAUUCCAACUCAGAUUUACACACACACAAACACCCCACUGUCUGUUUUAACAGUGAAUGGUGACUUAARAGUUCAAUGAGCUGCAGUGCAGGUAAGAGUUUUACCCGUCCCAAAAUAUCACCAUGCCGAGAUUCUCCAAAUGCCAGUGCAAAAAUCCACACAUCACUCCCUAWCUCCCUUUGUUACUCUGUAUCCCUAACAAAAACAUACACACACUCACAUGAAUACAUGUUUUUGUGUAUAUAAAGGGGCUGGCAAAGGUAGAAUGUCUUGUUGCAUAACACGCCGAAUACCUCAUUUAUUCAGCUACRUCAGUGGUUCACAACACUAUUAGGACAUCCCUAAUUUGACUGGCAUUCCUAAUGAACAUUCAACAAAGAGUGGUUAUAAUUACCACAUACCUUGGAAYCAAAUCACAUCCUAACGUCUAAGCUGAGCGUAGGGCCAGUAAACUGCUCGUAUACCAACAGAGCAAUACCUCACCUCCCCUCCCAAAAUAAUCACAGGUCAACUUCAAAGUGAAAGAAAAUGGAAGAAGUUUGGUCUAGACUUUGAUUUCAACACUGGGGAGAGAAAGGAACAACCUGCAUUUGCUGACAUUUCCCAAAGACAAAAUCACCACCCUGAAGAGAGAUGGAACAGGAAAAGCUCCAGCAGGACGAAGAUCUUGGCAAUCUAAAGCUGGGUUUAGCUAAGUUUUGGAUGUGUCCACUAACUAUCACAGGAAUACUGUGCAAAUGCUCUGCUCUUUUAUCCUCAGAUCCAGGUAAAUUAUGAAAAUGCCUUCACUGAAGAUUUUUUUUGUUACAGAAGAGAGAUCUGAAAC